AUGGAAAUAGCAAAAGAAGAUCAAAAGAAAAAAAAAAAGAAUAACUUUCUUACAGAUUUUAUAGUUGGAGGAAUUUCAGCAACAAUUAGUAAGACAGCAGUUGCACCAAUAGAAAGAGUAAAACUUCUUCUACAAACUCAAGAUACAAAUCCUGAUAUAAUCAAGGGUUUGAUUCCUAGGUAUGCUGGAAUAUGGGAUUGUAUGAGAAGAGUAUCAAAAGAACAAGGAGUUUUAAGUUUAUGGAGAGGAAAUACAACCAAUGUAAUCAGAUAUUUUCCAACACAAGCAUUUGGAUUUGCAUUUAAAGAUAUGAUAAGAAAUAUUAUGCCAAUUUAUAAUAAAGAGUCCGAUUUUUGGAAGUUUUUUGGCGUUAAUAUGUUAUCUGGGGGUUUAGCUGGUGCAGCAUCUUCAGGAAUUGUUUAUCCAUUAGAUUUUGCAAGAACAAGAUUGGCUACAGAUAUAGGAAAAAACAAUGGUAAAGAAUUUAAAGGAAUGUUUGACUGUAUAAUGAAAAUAUCUAAACAAAGUGGAAUCAGAUCUUUAUAUCAGGGAUUUUUUGUGUCAAUACAAGGUAUUUUUGUAUACAGAGCAGCUUAUUUUGGAUUAUAUGAUACAACAAAAGAAAUGUUUUUUAAAAAUCAAAAACAAGAAAAUAUGUUAUAUAAAUGGAUAAUCGCACAAUCUGUAACAACUAGUGCUGGAAUAUUAUGUUAUCCAUUCGAUACAAUUCGUAGAAGAAUGAUGAUGAUGGCUGGCAAGAAAGGACAAGAUGUUUUAUAUACUGGAGCUUAUGAUUGCCUUAAGAAGAUAAUCAGAAAAGAAGGAGUUAGAGCAUUGUUUAAAGGAUCAUUAUCAAAUGUACUUAGAGGAACAGGUGGAGCUCUAGUACUAAUCCUAUAUGAUGAAAUCAAAAAAGCACUAGAAUAA